CAGUUUUUCUUGUUUGUUUGUUGGUUUAAUCGACUGUUUAUUAUUAAAUAUUGGGCCAUUAGCUAACAUAAUAGUUUCACGUAGUGUUAACUUGCUGUUAAGUUUAGCCACUUUGUCAUGUCCAGCAGGUAUCAGAUUGUGGUGCAGGGCGAGGCCUCUGAGACGGACUCUGAUGAUGAGGUCUACAUCACCUCCAUGGCUGCUCCUCAGGCUGCCACAGUUGGAGCCAAGGUUCCUGGGGAGGCAUCUGAAACAGACAGUGAAGAAGAGGGGGAGCAGUCAGGCAGAGUCUCUGCUCUGAGCCAGGAGAGUGCUCAUGUACUCAGGAGAGACCUCCCUCCUCUUAUCGUAGUCCGAGACCAUCCUGACAUUCAGUCCAUAGUGGAGGACAGACCGAGCCCCACACACAGGCCACAUGGUGACACCCUUUUACAACAGAAGCUGCAGGAGUCAAACAGCCGGCUGUAUUCUGACGUUGGACUGACACUACGGCAGAUUUAUGGCAGUGCUAGUAGAGAGGUGCACAGUGCAACAGCUCAGCUGACCACCUCACAGAGCGCCAUCAUCAACGCUUCCCACAGCAUCCGACUAAUCCUGGAUGACCUGAAGGCGGUUUCGGAGAAGAUUGACAUCAUCACGAGCUGUCAAAUACUGCCUGAUAUUUCCAUCAAUAGUCUAAAUAAUUCUACUUCUGCACCUUAAAAAUGCAAACACAUACUGCAUUUUUUUUUACAAACAACCCCUAUGCACAUGAACAAUUAUAUAUAUUUAACAGCCACACACUAUGACCUUGUAUCUAUCCUUGCAGCUGGGCCAGUGGAAAAAAAACAGGAAAACAUUAAGGAAUUAAAUCCUGCCAUGGCAUGUUGUCAGUUACAUUUUUUAUAAAACAUUAUUUAAAAAAUCAUCAUAUUACUUAAUAUUAGUUUUACCUUACACUGCACUGAUUUUGACAAGGCAUAUCUUCUUCUAUUGUUGCUUUUUUUUUUCUGGUCCUCUGUGAUAGAGCCAGGAGGCAGACUUGCACAUGUUUCUCAAGAAAUCAUUUCUUUACCCCGAUGUGUGAUCAAAUUGUUCAAUAAAUGUAACAGCCCAAACCUC